AUGCCUCCUAACCGGAAUCCCCAAACUCUUUUUCAUCUUGUGCCGGUCAACAGCGAAGCCAUCGACCUUCUACACCGUGAACAAAAUCGGAAACACGUCUCACCAUCUUGCGACGGUGGCUUAUUAGGCUUGGAAGUCGGCUACCACGUUCAAAAGCAAACUAGUGCUACUAUCAUAACCCGAGUCGGUCGCAAUGCUGACUUGAUACUUUUUAACCCGAAAGCCUCCCGAGUUCACGUUGACUUUCAAUUUUACCCCUGCACCUCCAAUAUUAUGAUGCGAGUGCAACGACCUCGAUCGACCGAUGUGCACAUACUUGAGCUCAAUGAGGAAGAAAAUCAUCGCAAACUUGUUACGGACAUCUCCGCGCUCUCUUAUGGGUAUAACUACGCACUCAGUAUCCGUGGCUAUGAAUUUCGGGUUGUCUGGUGUCUUCCUGACGCCGCAUUGAGGAAGGCCAAGGCCCAGGACGAAUACGAGGCCGCACGUAACGCGACGACAUUUCUCAAUACUUCCCGUCGAGAUACAGUUAUCGACAAGGGCGAGGAAGAAUCAGGUUACCUGCUAAGGAUGCGAACCCAUCAAUCAAACCCAAUUAAGGAAGACGUCCAAAGCCGCCAGUUGAUUGGCGGUGGCGCGUUUGGAUCUGUGUACAAAACUUUGGACCUAUCAAACAGCCAUGUUAUGGCUGUCAAGGUUAUCUCCAUCCAGGACGGUAGCCCUGCUCAAGUGGAAGCACAGCGGAAACAUAUCCGCAAAGAGGUCGAUAUGCUGCAAAAGAGUCCACAUCCCCAUAUCGUCGAGUUACUUCACGUUACGACCCUUUUCGGCCGCCAAGUAUGCUUGUAUAUGCCAUGGAGGGACGGCUCUCUCUCGUGGCUCCUAUCCCAGCCCAGCACAAGACGCACCGCUGAGCUUACGGAUCAGGUCCUCCACCACAGCCUCAUGGCGCUUGACUUUCUGGCUUGUAAAAAUAUUGCGCAUCGCGAUCUGAAACCUGACAACAUACUGUGCACCGUACUGGACAAGGAAAACGGGGAGUAUCGCUUCCAGCUCGCCGAUUUCGGCCUUUCGCUUUAUCACGGCUCGCCCGCCCAGCAAGCAGGCACGCUCGGCUACGUGGCUCCCGAAAUCGUCGCCAACAUGGAGCAAGGCAGCAAGGUAGACAUUUGGGCGCUAGGCAUGACGCUUAUCUGGCUCAAAAACUAUCAUCCCGAGCGCGCCAGACGAUGGCCCUUUCCCGGCCUUAAUGUCCACGCCGACAUCAUCCUUGCCGUCCGCUCAAACGACUACUACCCAGACUACGAAGCCCUGUACCGUGAGGACCAGUAUGAGCGAGCGUCCGCUGCGCAGUGCCUGAAUCACUACUUUGCAGGCGCGGGCCGCACGACCAUGGACUGUAUCGCCCCGAUACGCCCGCGCCAGCGCCCCGGUGCGGUGCCCGACACGGCGACCCCGGUGCAGACCCCGCCCCGCAUGAAGAGGGGCCGCCCCCAGCAGCCCCGGCGGGCGCCGAGUCCCGUCAAUGCUGGGCCGAGUCGCUGCCCGCACAGACAAGGAGCAGCGCGCAAGGGGGUCCCCGAUCAAAAGGAGAAGCGACCCAUGGAAGCAGCACCGCCGUCCGAGCGGGUGACCUCCGAGCAGGUGACCUGCGAUGGUAGCGACGUUAUCAUGGGCGGCAUGGAGGAGGGCUAUUACCUGCGGUCCCGACGCAAGCGCGGUUAA